UUACUGUUGAAUAAUCCUUGCCUUUGUUUUAUUCAGGAUGUCGCUGAAGUAAUCUAAUCAAAAUGGAGACCUGUGUGGUUCAGAUGAGCCAAAGUAACACAAGGGGGCAGCAAAGGGCCUUUUUGAUCACAAUGUCAUUUCCCUCUUUGUACAGCCUGAAGAGGUGCAACUACAAAUGCAUUGUGAUUAAGAUUCUACAUCUUUAUUUACACAAUAGCAGGAAAUGGAGAGAGUGUCACUGUUCUCAAUAUGAUGCAUAGUCAAACCGGUGCAUGCAUGGCUGCAUAAAUCAAGCUAAACCAGCAGCCUUACUGACAGUUCUACAGGGGGAACUCUAAAACUAGGUUAAUGCUGCAUAAACCUGUAUACUAAGAGCUGUUCUGUAAUUUAAAGAUUUCCAAAUAAACGAAAAGACGUUAAGUAAGUAAACUGAUUUUUAUUUAUUUUUUAAAGAUGUCCAAGUCUGUGUGUUGUAAAUGUGAUUAACACUUAAAACAUACGAAUGAACUUAAUUUGGGGAGUUAUAUAUUUCAAAGGCUGUCUCAUAACACGUCAUUCACGCAUUGACAAGAGCAUAUUUAGAUAGAUCAGGAAGUGUUCUGUCACUCUAGCGCUGACUGAGCAGACUGCUUCUGGCUGUCUGCUUUCAUCUAUAAACAUACAUCAUCAGAGCAAUGUCAGUCAUCUAAUGAACCACUGAGGACACCUCUCCUCCAGGACAAGCACAUGGAAACAGCCAGAUCCAGGCAGGAUGGGUUCCAGACUGAAACAAAACCCUGAGCGAACUUUCAACUGGUUCUUUGAAGCAACAUGUCCUGUAGCCAGAGACAAAGAUCCUGGAAUAAAGUUUCAGUUUCCAGAAGACUUCGAUGAUGAGGAGUCUACUCAAACUUUGCCAAAGUUCUGCUUCCCAUAUGACAUACAAAAACCAAAGGAUAAUGUUGCCGUGCAGCACUUUACUUUUGUUUUGACUGACUUGGAAGGAUGCCAGCGCUUUGGUUUCUGUCGCCUCACCAAUGGCACACAGACGUGCCUUUGCAUCCUCAGUUAUCUUCCAUGGUUUGAGGUGUUUUACAAACUUCUCAACAAUUUGGCGGAUUACCUCUCUAAAGGACAGAUUAACGAGAUUAAAGCGCUUCUGGCUGUUCUCCACAAACAAUCCAUACCUCUGGCUCCUGGAUCGGUCACCCUGCAGAUGGGAGAGCAGCUUUUGGUGAGCAUUGAUGUGUCCUGUCCUGUUGGACACACAGAGGGACAGGAGGGGAUUCCAUAUUUUAUCGCUCCAGACCCAAAGAGUCUUCCUUCUAUUCCUGAAAAUAGAAACCUGACUGAACUGAUAGUAGCAGUAGAUGUUGGGAAUCUUCUACAGCUCUAUGCCAGCAUGCUGUUUGAGAGGCGGAUCCUUAUCUUGGCAAGCAAACUGAGCACUCUAACAUCUUGUGUGCAUGCUCUGAGUGCUGUGUUAUACCCAAUGUACUGGCAGCACAUCUUCAUACCUGUCCUACCACCACAUCUACUCGACUACUGCUGUGCACCCAUGCCUUAUCUGAUCGGAGUCCACACCAGUCUUUCGGAGAGAGUGAGGAGUCGUGGGUUGGAGGAAGUGGUUAUUCUGAAUGUAGAUACAAACACUCUGGAAACCCCCUUUGAUGACCUGAAGAGGAUACCUUCAGAUGUGAUGUCAGGCCUGAAGGUCUGUUUAAAGCGCCAGGCAGUGUCACCUGGCUGUGGUGUCUCUCGAGCCUUCCUGAAAGCUCAAGCUCUGCUGUUUGGCAGCUACAGGGAUGCCCUGCAGGGUGACAAGGAAGGGGAAAUUUGUUUCUGUGAGGAGUUCUUUUUGGAUCAUAAGUCUGCCAGUAUGAAGCAGUUCCUGCAAAGCGCCAUUCAUCUGCAAUUCUUCAAACAGUUCAUUGACAGUCGCCUGGACAUUCUUAACAAAGGGAAGGGACCAGAUGACCUCUUUGAGGAUGAGAUAACAAAGUGUGAAAUGACAGCAGGGAGGGGCAAAUCCUAUCAGCAGUUAGUUGGCAAUUUAAGGAGAGGUGGUGGAGCUCUAAUCCUCAACAUGAAGACCAAAGCCAAUAUGAAGGCCAAAGUUCUUUCCAAGUCUGGUUUGAAAAACCUGCUGAUUCAAAAGGUCCACCAUGAGGAUCACAGCCUGCAGAGGGGGGGAUCAAUGUUACACCGCCGUGCUCAGUCUGACAGCUUACAGAGCCGGCUGCCAAUCACACAGCAUUUUGGAAAAUCACGACCCCGUCGACCUGGUCAUAAACUCAGAGAGACGGAAUACUCAAAUGACCCUGAAGACCUCAGAGACAGUGAGGUGUCGGGAUCUGCUGGAGAGCUUGACUCUGAGCUCCCCAAGGAAGAAGAAGAAGGUGAUGAUUCACCAUUAUGUGACCCAGAGGAGAUGGAUCUCCUUGGGGAGAUCUUUGACACACUUAGUUCACGUAGCUCCCAUGACCGAGGCCUGCUGUAUGGGACUCGCAGCCUGGAUUUGUUUGGACCAGACAGCCAUGAUUACAUCAUAAAGCGUGGUACAGCCAACCCCAGCCAGGAGAGCCUGUCCCUUUCCAUCAGCGGCAGCGGCAGCUUGCACAGCUGGAAUCUGGAGACCACAGAGGAGCUUUCUGAUCAGAUAGAGGACACAGAAUGGCAUUGUCUGAACACCAGCUUGGCAGAAGAGGAGGGGGCAGAAUGUCCUCUGGUGGCAACUGAUGUUGACGAACAUGAAGCAAGACAGAAGGAGGACAGAGGAAAAGAGAAAGAAGCAAAUGGAGAACUAAAUGGGAAACAGGAAAUAAACGACAUAAAUAACUUUGAGGAAAUUAAGGUAGAAGAGGAAGAAAGUAAGGAAAAACAAGAAAAUAUGGCGAGAGUUGAUGAAAGUAGUGGUGAAGAAAUAACUGAAGGGUUGCAAGAUGAAAGGAUAGAGGAUUCAAGGAAAGACGAUGAAAUCCAAAGUAAGUUGGUAGCACUAGUACAAGAGGAGGAAGGGGGAAAAAAAGAUGUGCAAGAGAAUGAGACAAAAGAAGAAGCGAAAGAAAUCCAAGAGGGAAAGAAUAUUGUUUCUAAAGAAACAAACUCAAAGUGUAUAAACAGGAAUGACCCACUUUCACACUCGGUGGAAGAGCUGCAAAAUGAAGCUGUAGUCCCUCCAUCGCCUAGUAAUAAUGCUGCAAACCCCAAACAUUCUGCAUCUCACGAAGAAAACAUUGAUAAAACCCCAAAGAAAGAGGAUGGGAUGCGCCUGACCUCACCUCCUCCCAAAGUGCACUCUGCUGUAGCACGCUUCCAGGCUCAGCAAUGCAGCCAGCAAGGAUUUCAGCGAAGGACCAUUUCUAAGAACUCCGUUGAGGUUCCUCUCCGUUGCAGGGAAAAGGUACAGACUCUAUAUGACGUAAACACAAACAAAAACAUAGAGGCGCCUGAGGAGGAGGAGGAACGCCCUCUGGUCAAAGUGUCUGAACUAAAGAAGAGAUUUGAGGCUUAAUGUAUGUAACACCAAAGGCUUCAUCUAUCCACGGUCCUCUUUAUCCGAGACCAGUUGAUGGUGUUACACCAGCCUCCAUUUCGCAGGUAUUCCAGUUUGGUCCUUGAGAAGAAGAGAUACAUAGCAUUGCCUGUGAGUUCUGGUUCGGUUGGUCUUAUGUUAAUCCCUAUUGGAACUCUUCCUCAGGACUCAAGACACAUUGCUUUAUUGAAGACAUACACGCAUGCAAAAACAAUUUUUGGUUCUCAAGUGACCCUAAAUCAAACUAAAGCACCAGCAGACUAAAAAACCCAAAGCAGGUUGUUUUAUUUAUGUUCAUUUUAAAAUCGUUUUUUUUCUAAGGGUAGGAGUUGCUGGUUUCAAUGGUAGCAGCUGAUACUAGUGUGCUGGAAGAGAGACAUAUCUGACAGUAAGGAUGGUGUGUAUAAUAUGGUUACAGUUGAGAUUUUUGUUCUGGUUCUUUCAACUUACUAAAGAUAUUCUUACCUGUAAUACAUUGGUAUAAAUGCUGCGAAUUUGCAGAAAAGUCAAUAAAUCUUUAAGAAAUACAGAUUUUUGAAAUGACCUAUACAGUCAAAUAGUGGAUGCAACACUAUUUUGUCAAGGAAUUGUGCAUUUUCAUAAGACCUUUUGGUUUGUCACAGUUUUCUCAGAGGAACACUUCUGUGUAAAUAUGGAGGUUUUGGGUUAGUAUGCAUGUCAAAGUACAAUUUCCAUGACACUGUACAAAUGAUAGCCUAAGCAAAAUAGAAAAUUUAGUUGAACUUUUGCAAAGAUGGAAAAGUCUUGCCUACCUGCCUAAAGCGAUAUAAUUUUGUAAAGAAACACCAGGUGAACCUCUGUUGAAUAUCUUAAAAGUGACCCAAUGAUAAAAAAAAACAAAAAAAAAAACGAAGCAUUUAUAUUUUAUUUUUCAAAGUCAGUGCUGCUGAGACAGGGUUAGUUUUCGUUUUUAAUCAGAAUUCAUUCUGCUCUGCUGGGUGGAGAGAUGGAUCAUCAGCCCUCAAUGAUACUUCCAUAAAUCAGAGGCCCUCACUAUUCUGCACUGGACGACUGAAUGGAUAAGCUGCAACUCUUAGAUGCUGUACAUUUAGGCCAGCUGAGUUGUGGUCAGUUGGAAGUUUUUAUUUUAAGUCAGUGUAUUUAGGGUUGCUGUAACAUGGAUGUUGCUGUACUGUCAAAACUGUGACUUGACUUGGUAUGCACUAUUGUUGCAUUCUAAAAAAAAUCUUAUUUUUAAAUCACAUUUUACAACAGGUAAGGGAUUUUUAGUGAUAACUUCAGAGAACAUAACUUAAAGUCCAAAGUAUCCAUUUAAAAGGCAGCCAUGUUGCAUUCUGUCUAAACUUAAAUGGGCACUUUAAUCCAUGCUAAUUUUUUUAUGUAGCCCGUUAGAUUCCUUCCAGCACAAACUGACAUUUUUAGGAAAUGCAUUUACAUUUUUUGUAGAUUAACAGAAUUUCAAUAAAAAGCUUUAAUAAACUUGUCUUUUGAAACGUUUUCCAAUAAAAAAAGUGGGAAUCUUUCAUUUGCAUACAGACAUUUUAAUCAGACACCUUAUCCACCAUUGUGUGCACACUACCUAAUAACCAAGUCUUUGAACACGUAUU